AUGCCUGCAAAGAAAGGAAAUGCGGCCAAGGGAGGCGACAAGAACAAAUCAGCUUCAAAGGACACUGACUCGGGUGAUUCUAAGGGUAAGCUUAAGCCGGCCACGGCAGUGAACGUUCGGCAUAUUCUCUGCGAGAAACAGUCACGAGCCCUGGAAGCGCUCCAGAAGAUUCAGGAGGGACAACGAUUUGACAAGGUCGCUCAGGAAUAUAGCGAAGACAAAGCCAAAUCUGGUGGAAGUCUGGGAUGGAUGACACGAGGCUCCAUGGUCGGCCCGUUUCAGGAUGCAGCAUUCGCGCUUACCCCGAGCACGCUCGAUAAACCUAUCCUUUCUCCCUUAGUUAAAACAAACUUUGGAUAUCACAUUAUCCUCGUCGAGGGCCGCCGCUAG